CGCUGUGACCGAAGGCGAUGCCUCAUCACCAUUCAUUCUCAGGCAGGCACUCAGGACAAACACACAGUCGCACCGCUCCCUGGACAACUUUUUGGAGACGAAAUAAAGCGUGAUGAUGACAGAAGAAAGCCGGGGCAAGCGGAGGAAACAAGCCAACCCCAGGAGGAACCGAGUGGAUGCUGAGCAAGUGGGUUCACUGGGAUCUGAGGGGGAGGAUGAGGUGGGCCUGUGGAGCCUGGAGCCCCAGGACUACCAGGAGAGCCUGGAUAAGACAAGCUUGACACCUAGUGAGGGGACGGAAGAGCCUGGCAGCCCUGCUCGCUCAACACGGCCGCACAGCCUCAGCCCCGGCAGCAGGAAUUACUGGCCACAGGUGGAGCAGGAGGCCGAGGCUGCAGACGACACCACUACUACAUCUGCCGCUAACAGGGAGGGGGGCCAGGAGUCACUGAGGAUGUACUGUAAGAACUCAGACUCCCAGAAUGCCUUGGAGGACCUGGCCCACUAUGAAUUUCUGGCCCAGUUGAGGAAGGCCUCUACCUCAACCAGUCUGUUGGACCACCUGAACCACAAUGGCACAGCAGCAGUCUACCACCCAAGCAGCAGACACGAUGAGCUGCCACCCGCCAUCUGGUCUCCAGGAGCUCAGCACCGCUCACCUGAGGGAGCAGAUGCAGGAAGGAUCCAGCAGGCCUGUCCAUUCUGCCACAGGAUGUACCAGCGAGGGGCCUCUCUGAGGGACCACAUCAAGUACUGUCAGGAGAGGGAGGGGGGCCCCAUGGUCUGUCCACUCUGUGGAUACACUGCCACCCUAAGGGCACAGAUGGAGCGACACCUGGCCCUUCACAACCAAGUACAGGACAAGAAUGUGAUCAGUUUGGAUCCCAGCAUUGAGACCAGGAAGUUCAAAUGUCUGCAGUGUGGCAAAGCAUUCAAGUACAAACACCACCUCAAAGAGCAUCUCCGCAUCCACAGCGGUGAGAAACCUUAUGAGUGCUCCAACUGCAAGAAACGUUUCUCUCACUCGGGUUCCUACAGCUCCCAUUUAAGUAGCAAAAAGUGCCUGAGUGGUGGAGGAAAUGGAAACACAGGAGGAGCCAGCGGUGCAUUUAAUGGACAUAGCCAAAGCUCCUACCACCACUCAUUUCCAACAUCUCCCUCUGCAGGCGGGGGGAGAAACAGUACCGAAAAAGGCUCUCCAUUGACUUCACAGACCCAAGAUCAUUCUGCACCUCUGGGUCGAGCACCAGAGGAUCCUCAUCAGCUGUCACUGCAGGACCACAACCCCACAGGCUUCCCUAGAGCAUCAGACCUGGCUCGGCUCUGGGACCCCUCGGCAGAACUCUCUCUGAAGGCCAGUAUCCUGAAAGGGACCACCCUGCUGCCCUACCUGCACUCUGGGACCAAGUUUGAACAGAUGCUGCAGGAGAUGCUUCACAGGGAGGUGAAGAAAGAUGAGGAGAUUGACAGAGGAGGAGCUGCAGUGGAGGAAAGGAGGGUGAUUUACAACGGAGGAGGGCCUGACAGGAAGGUGUCGCCUGACAGGAGAAGAGAUGCAGUGAGGUCAGGUGAAGGGGAGAGAGGUGUGCUUGGAGUGACGUGUCGCUGGUGCUCCCAGCUUUUCCCCAACAUGGCGGUGCUCCUGCAGCAUGAGCGCUACCUCUGUAAGAUGAACCGAGAGGCGGUGGAGGCGCCCGAGGGACUUCGCAGCAAAGAUCACCCAUCACCACCUUUAUUCUUCCGUAGAUCGGGUCUCCAACCGGAGAACAGCAAACCAAGUGAAGUAACCAACGGCCUCUCUGAAAACAAAUCACCAUUACCGAAGCCCAGCUGGCACUCUGUACCGCAGCAGCUUCUGGUGGCCAUGCACUCUCCACCACAGCCGCACCACGAUGCCCUGUCCUCACGAGCAUACUGGUCCAGCCAGGAAAAGGGAAGCCCAAGACAACCAGUCAACCAUUCCCCGGAGCUGUCAUCACCUCGUGUCAAAAAGAGGGUUCCCUCUUCAGGGUUUGGUUCUCCGGUCUGCCUCGACCUCACCAGCUGUCCUCCUGAACUGUCCUCGCCUCGGAACCAAACCGGCAGCCCCUGGUCCGCACAGAACGAGCCUCUGGACCUCUCUCUGCCCAAGCAGCUCUCAGACCAAGAGGGAAGGAACAAAACUGUAAAUGGCACCUCAGCCCGGGGAGAGAGGACCCUGCAGCUCAGCAGACCAAGUCCAACUUCACAUCUCCCCCUUCACCACCACCCGGUCUACAGCGGGGCCGGAGCGCCUAUGUUUCCAGCUUCCUUAUAUAAUGGAUUUCCUAUCUUCAAUCAGGCUGGUUUAGGGCUUUCAGGACAUGACGGCAUGGCUGCGAUUCCAUUCGGUCAGCCAUCUAAUAACCCCGGGUUUCUCUCACCUAUGGCUUACAUGAUGGAGGCAGACGCAGAGGCGACGCUAAAAAAGAUUCAUCAGGAGAGACAAGCUCUCAUGGGUGAGGUGUUAAGCCGUGGAGCUCUGGACUACCUCUCUCUCAUGGAUGAAGGUCUAGAGGGAGAAGGAGGACCGGGGAGGAAAAGACUGAGGAAGACAGACGAGGGGCUUUACGCUUGUGACAUUUGCGAAAAAACCUUUCAAAAGAGCAGUUCUUUGCUCCGACACAAAUACGAGCACACAGGUAAACGUCCUCAUGAAUGCAAAAUCUGCAACAAGGCAUUCAAGCAUAAGCACCAUCUGAUCGAGCACAGCCGGCUGCACUCUGGAGAGAAACCCUACCAAUGUGACAAGUGUGGCAAACGCUUCUCUCAUUCCGGCUCGUACUCGCAGCACAUGAACCACCGCUAUGCCUACUGCAGCAAAGACCAGGAUCCAGACCAGGACCAGGAGGAGAUGCCUCUCACCCCAGGGGCUGGCAGUAAUCUCGGGGGCCGCCUCGUUGACGACGCCCCUCUGUCCAUGGAGGAUAACCAAACAGCACACUCCUUUCUCAGCGACUCCAGUCUGGACGGAGCUGCAGAGGUCCUCAAGGAGGAGGAGGAAGAGGAGGAGGAUAAAGAGGCAGGAGUUAGUGAUGGUCCUGUGGAGGAGGCACAUGUGAGUUUGUCAGGAGCGGCAGAGGAGCUGGGAGGUAGUCCCAUCCACGGAUCACCUACAGGAGAGAACGGAGUGCAGAAUGAGAGAAAUGGUUACGGUGUUGGAAACCAUGUUGACGAUGCAGAGAGACAGUUCUGGGGCCGAGACACCGAGGACCAGAAGGGAGACUUGGACAAAUGUGAACUGAGCCUGGAUUUAACAGAUUUACCCAGAAUCAAAACUUAAGGUGACUUUAAAAGGCCAAAUACAAUGCAUAUACUAUAUAUAUAUAUAUAUAUAUAUAUAUAAAUAUAUAUAUAGACUUUUCCUCAUACACAUGUAUAUAUAAAUAUUACAGUUCCACGGACUUUUUUACUCAUUUUUACAACAUGAAAAAAAAUGCACAGAACUGUCAAAGCAUAGAUGGCCUUUAAGUGGAUUAAGCCAUUCAGAAAAAAUAUAUGUGACAACACAAAUUAUAAUAUUUUAUCAUGCAAAAUAGACUUGAUGUACCAACAGCGCCUUUUUUUCCUUUCUUUUUUGUUUGUCUGUUUAUUUUUCAUUGUUUUUUGUUUUCCAGGACAGCUAAAAAGCAUUUGGGUUGACUUACCAGAGAUCAGGUCACAUAUCCAGAUGUGACUUUGCAGAAAUCUCACUUUUUAUAGGCUUGCUGCUGCUGACUGUUGCACAACCAAUGAAGAAGAGGGCUUUUGUAUUUUUAUGUCCAGGAUCCAGUUUACUUUGUUUGAAACAUUUGGACUGUUUACAUGUAGAUUUACACGAGUGAUUGGUUUAAGAAACCACACGUUGAAGGAAAUGAUUGAUUGCUGGAUUGCAAGACAUCUACUGUUACUUUAAAGGAACAUUUCAACCCAAACUCAAAAAUACAUGUCUGUUCUCUUAUUUGUAGGGCUUUUUAUCAGUCUAGAUUGUUUUGUUUGACUAUAGGAGAUAUCCGUCAUAGAGAUGUCUGCCCUCUCUCCAAU